CUAGAUGUGUUGUCAAUCAAACUAACGACAUCAGUUACAACUCCAUUUGUUUCAUGUGCAAUGUAUAUUAGUAACUUUCGGAACAAUUCUUUUCCUCCAGGACCACUCGGGCUGCCAUUUGUGGGCAACAGUUUGCUGGUGCGCAAGCUGAGCCAACAGUUUGGCGGACUUCACGGUGUCUACCAGCAGCUGUCGGAGCAGUUCCGGUCCAAGAUGAUUGGGCUGCGGCUGGGCAGUGAACGGGUGGUGGCCAUCCUCGGCUAUCCCUUGGCCAGAGAAGCUCUGACCAAUGAGGAUCUGAACGGGCGGCCGGACAAUUUCUUCACCCGACUUCGAACCAUGGGCCAACGGAUGGGUAUAACAUUUACUGACGGUAGUUAUUGGGAGGAACAUCGGGCUUUUGUAGUGCGUGCACUGAAAGAAGUUGGUUUUGGUCGAAAGCCCAUGGAAUCUUUGAUGCAACAGGAACUUCAUGAAUUGAUUCGAGAGCUACAAGUUACCGAUCAAGCGAUCAAUCCAGGAAAGUUAAUCCAGUUGAGUGUAUUGAAUGUUUUGUGGACUCUGGCUACUGGUAAACGAAUGGAAAAAGAUGACGGACGUCUGCAAAAGUUGUUGGACACCAUGUUGAAGCGUUCCAAGCAGUUCGAUAUCACCGGAGGAAUCUUGAAUCAACUACCGUGGUUAAGAUUCAUCGCACCAAAUCGCACUGGCUACAACCUGCUUAAGGAUUUGUCCAAUCAGCUGAAGGACUUUUUCUCGGAAACAAUCGAAGAGCAUUACGCAACAUACGAUGAAGAGAACUCAUCCGACGAUUUGAUCUACGCUUACAUCCGAGAAAUCAAAGCUCGCAAAGAUGAUCCUAACAGCACAUUCACUGACGCCCAAAUGAUCAUGACCAUACUGGAUCUUUUCAUAGCUGGAUCUCAGACUACAGGUCUUGUCAUAGAGUUGUCUCUACUGAUGAUGGCAAUCAAUCCAGAAAUACAGACAAAAGUUCACGUAGAACUUGACAAUAUGCAAAAUCAGCUCACAUGGUCCAACAGAUCGUCUCUUCCCUAUUCCGAAGCUGUUACAAUGGAAGUCCAGAGAUUCUUCCCGGUGGCAGCCAUCAGUGGACCCCGGAGAGCUACACGAGACAUAAAAAUGGGUGGCUACACUAUUCCCAAGAACACCACCGUUUUUGUUGAUCUGAAAAGUGUCCACAUGGAUCCCGAGUACUGGCAGAAACCGGAAGAGUUCAACCCGGAACGGUUCUUCGAUCAGAACGGCAACCUGGUGCAUUCGGAGCGACUCAUCCCGUACAGUUUGGGCAAGCGCAAGUGUCUCGGGGACACCCUGGCGAAGGCUAGUAUUUUCAGUUUCUUCGUUGGAGUGAUGGAACGUUUCGAAAUAAUGCUGCCGGAGGGGGCAUCGCGAACUGUGGAACUGAUCCCCGGCAUAACUCAUACACCGAAGGACUAUCUGGUGUCUUUCAAGGAAAGGACGCGAGUUUAGUUGUGCUUGGUGUUAUGUACUUAGAAAUUUUUCAGGUUUAUAAAAAAGCUCUUUUGUUUGAAAAAAAAAAAAACGAAUUGUACUGCAAGCAACUCUUGAGUCAAAAUAA